AUGGAGCAAGUCGUGGCGCAGGCCCUCGCGGGCACCCUACGUGGUCUGGACGAGACCAUCCUCGAGUAUAUUAGCGGUGCUGUGGCCGACCAGCUGGCGGAUGAAGUGCCCUCCGAUGUGGCAGCCUUGGAAGAGCUACUGGCCGAGAGCGUGGCACCAUUCCUACUGAGCGUGGGUUUCUGUGAGGACGAGGCGGCCGCCUCCAAGCUCUGUGCGUCGCUGGCGGCCAAGCUAUUGGUCAGUCCGGAGCUUCAGGUGACAGGUCCACAGCAGGAUGCGGUACGCGUGCUGGAAAAAACUCAGAGCAUUGAGGAGCAGGCGCGCAAGGAUGAGGGUGCAGCCGACGCCGAGCAGCUGAUGGCCCGCAUGUGGGGCUUCGACAAGAUCCGCAAGACUACUAACGACGAGCUGGAGGCACAACAGUCGGCACUUUCGGCGCGUCAGGUGCGCAAGCAGAUCAAGCUGGAGCAGCUCACGGCCGACCGCGAAGAGGAGCAGGCUGAACUGGACCGCGAGUGGGAAGACGCGCGUUUCCUGCCGGAUCUGACGCAGGAUAACGGCGAGAAGGACAUCCACGUUCCGAGACUCACCAUUAACUUCAAGGGUAAGACGCUGCUGUCCGACACCGCGCUCAAGAUCGUGACCGGGCCGUCGCUACGGACUUGUGGGCAAGAACGGAGCGGGAAAACGACGCUGCUCAGAUACAUCUCCCACUACGAACUUGAAGGAUUUCCAAGACAUAUUCGCAUCCAAUUGGUGGAGCAGGAGUCGGCUUCUAAGCUCAGUAAGGAUGACCGUAGCGUCCUGGAUGUCGUACUAGCCGCAGACUACGAACGCACUAUGUUGCUGCAAGAGGAGAAGGAGCUCACGGCCGAGGAGGCCAACCAGGGGGCCGAUCACAGUGUGCGUCUCAAAGAGAUCUAUGAUCGCCUCGUGGACAUCGACUCAGACACGGCCGAGUCUCGUGCACGUACGAUCUUGAGUGGCCUGCAGUUCCCUGACCACGUUGUGGACGGCCCGGCCAAGGCCCUUUCUGGAGGUUGGAGGAUGCGUACGGCGCUGGCCGGCGCGUUGUUCAUGGCUCCCGAUCUGUUGCUGCUUGAUGAGCCAACGAAUCACUUGGAUCUUGAAGCUGUGAUCUGGUUGGAGCAUUAUCUAGAAAAGUACGAGAAGCAGAUGAUCGUGGUGUCCCACGACCGAAACUUCCUGAACGCCGUGACCACCGACAUCGUUUACUUGACGAACCAGAAGCUCACGUACUACAAGGGCGACUACAACACUUUCGAGCACACGAUGAAGGAGAAUCUGCGUCAGCAGCGCAAGGCCUACGACGCCCAGCAGAUGAAGAUCCAGCACAUGCAGGAGUUCAUCGAGCGCUUCCGCGCCAACGCCAAGAAGGCUCCAUUGGUUCAGUCGCGUGUCAAAGCACUGGACAAGAUCUUACGUAACGAGCUCAUCGACGAGCCCGAGGAUGAACAUGCUUUCCGGAUGCAUUUUCCACCCCCGGAGCCGCUCGGCCGACCCAUUAUCGCCGUCGAGGACGUGGGCUUCCAGUACUCACCACAGUCGCCCCUGCUGUUCAAAGACGUGCACAUUGGCGUGGAUAUGUCAAGUCGGAUUGGUAUUCUCGGUGUGAAUGGAUCGGGUAAGUCGACGCUUAUCAACAUCAUGAUCGGCAAGCUUCGGGCCUCCGAGGGCUCGGUGACGAUGAACCCGCGCCUACGUGUGGCCACGUUCACACAGCACCACGUCGACUCGCUGGACUUGUCCAAAUCUGCUGUGGAGAACAUGAAGGAGCUGUUCCCUGGCCACGAGUCGGAUGAGUUCCGCUCUCAUCUCGGUCGCUUCAACCUGUCGGGCGAGCUGGCUAUUAAGCCCACGCGUACACUGUCCGGUGGUCAGAAGUCUCGUGUCGGCUUCGCGCUCAUGACGUGGCGUCUGCCUCACGUUGUGGUGCUUGACGAACCGACGAAUCACUUGGAUAUGGAGACUAUUGACGCUCUCAUUGACGCUCUGCGUGAGUACAAGGGAGGUGUGGUGAUAGUGUCCCACGACCAACACUUUGUGCAAAGUGUGUGCGAGGAGUUGUGGGUGGUGGGCGACCAGAAGGUGGCUCGCUUCAGAGGUACUAUGGGUGAGUACAAGAACCGUGUGCUGACCAAGAACUUCUUUCUUGCUGUACAUGAGGAACAGGGCAAACUCUUCUCUGCGCGUAAGAUCAGGUACGGACACCAGGUCCUCAGCGUUGGGAUGAGUCUCAAAACUAAUUGUUUGCAGUGCAAGAAUCUGCGUGUGCAAACGGCGCAAGUACUCGGCAUGGAGCAAAAUACACUUCUGAAUACUGUUGUGCUGGAGCCGCAGCUGGUCGUGGACGUCCACACCACCCAUGCCGCGGGUGUCGUCCACAACCAGCUGUGGGCAGGGCACCGUGCUUCGUGUGCCAUCUUUUCCCAAUCGCAAAAUGCUGGCAGGAUCAUCUGUCGUAUUCUCUCGGGGAUCCCAAUCUGUAUCAUCCGGAGCAGCAGCGCUCUCCACCCCAUUUUGCUCUGUAUCAUCCUGAGCGCCAACCACCGAAGAUUUCGGUACCUCUGGUCUGGAAGCCAGCUGUGA